AAAGAAUGAGUAAAACAAAUUACAUAUUAUUUUUUAUGUUAACAGAUGAUGCCAUAAAAUGGGAGACAGACAUAUCCUCCUGUUACAUAAUCUUAUUUUUCCAACGAAUUGGGGUUGGGUUGGGUUGGGGCGGAACAGCUAACCAACCUGGCUUCGUUGGCACACUAGCCGGAGAUGAAAGCCGCCGGAGACCAAAUCACAUCUCCUCUCAUUCAGGGCACCUCGUCGCCCUCGCCACAGGACGAUCCUACCGACGCCGACAACUCUCCCAUCGAGCAGGUGGCCCUGACGGUCCCCGUCACCGACGACCCCACCCUCCCGGCAGUCACGUUCCGCACGUGGGCCCUCGGAACCCUCGCCUGCGUUCUGCUCUCCUUCCUCAACCAGUUCUUCUGGUACCGCCGGGAACCCCUCUCCAUCACCGCCGUGUCGGCACAGAUCGCCGUCGUUCCCCUCGGCCGCCUGAUGGCGGCGGCCAUCACGGACCGGGUCUUCUUGAAAGGGAAAAAGUGGGAGUUUACUCUGAAUCCGGGUCCCUUCAACGUUAAGGAGCACGUGCUGAUCACUAUAUUCGCGAACUCCGGCGCCGGCAACGUGUACGCAAUCCACGCGGUGAGCGCGGUGAAGCUGUUCUACAAGAAGGAGAUGGCGUUUGGGACGGCGCUGAUGCUGGUGGUGACGACGCAGGUGCUGGGGUUCGGGUGGGCGGGGCUGUUCCGCCGCUACCUGGUGGAGCCGGCGGCGAUGUGGUGGCCGCAGAACCUCGUGCAGGUCUCUCUAUUCAGGGCAUUACACGAGAAAGAUAAGAGGCCUAAAGGUGGAUUAGCACGGACUCAGUUCUUCCUCAUUGCCUUCAUCUGCAGCUUUGCUUACUAUGUCUUUCCAGGCUACCUUUUUCCAAUGCUAACCUCCCUCUCCUGGCUAUGUUGGAUAUUCCCUACUUCUGUCGUAGCCCAUCAGCUUGGAUCAGGACUCCACGGUCUUGGAAUUGGUGCCAUUGGAUUUGACUGGUCCAGCAUAUCCUCUUACCUCGGAAGCCCAUUGGCAAGCCCGUGGUUUGCUACUGUCAACAUUGGUGUUGGUUUUGUGGUUACUAUGUAUGUUAUUACCCCACUUGUCUACUGGCUCAAUGUCUACAAGGCCAAGACAUUUCCCUUAUUCUCAGAUUCCCUAUUUACAUCUAUGGGCCAAAAGUACAAUAUCUCGUCCAUUGUCGACUCAAAGUUCCACCUUGACAUUGAGGCCUACAAGCGCGAGGGCCCUCUUUACAUCAGCUCCUUGUUUGCCAUGACCUAUGGUGUCGGUUUUGCUUGCCUCUCUGCCACUGUUGUUCAUGUAUUCCUCUUCCAUGGGAGUGAAAUAUGGCAGCUAAGCAAGUCCGCUUUCCAAGAGAAGAAGAUGGAUGUGCAUAUGGAACUCAUGAAGAAAUAUAGCCAAGUUCCUCAGUGGUGGUUCAUGUGCAUCCUCUUGGUAAACAUCAUGGCAACCAUAUUUAUGUGCGAGUACUACAAGGACCAACUCCAAUUGCCAUGGUGGGGCAUACUGCUAGCCUGCGGUCUUGCCAUGUUUUUCACCCUCCCAGUUGGCGUCAUUACUGCCACAACAAAUCAGACUCCGGGUCUGAAUGUGAUCACAGAGUAUAUCAUUGGGUAUCUGUAUCCAGGAUUUCCCGUUGCAAACAUGUGUUUUAAAGUGUAUGGAUACAUAAGCAUGAAACAGGGAAUCACCUUCUUGCAGGACUUCAAGCUUGGUCAUUACAUGAAAAUUCCCCCCAGAACUAUGUUCAUGGCACAGGUUGUUGGUACCAUGGUAGCAGCAUUGGUGCAUGUGGGAACAGCUUGGUGGCUCAUGGACACUGUCCCGGCUAUAUGUGACAGAGCAUUGCUUCCAGCAGGCAGCCCGUGGACUUGCCCCGGCGAUCAUGUCUUCUACGAUGCCUCGGUCAUCUGGGGCCUUAUUGGACCUCGGAGGAUUUUUGGUGAUCUCGGGUACUACUCUGCCGUCAACUGGUUUUUCCUAGCUGGGGCUAUCGCUCCUCUCCUGGUUUGGCUUGCACACAAGGCCUUCCCAAACAAGCGCUGGAUUAGACUCAUCACAAUGCCUGUGCUGUUGGGUGCAACAAGCCAAAUGCCUCCGGCCACCGCCGUGAACUACACCAGCUGGAUUAUCAUUGGGUUCCUCUCGGGGUUCGUCGCCUAUCGGUUCUACCGCGGCUGGUGGAGUCGGCGCAACUAUGUGCUGUCUGGGGCACUGGAUGCUGGAUUGGCCUUCAUGGGGGUUUUGUUGUAUUUGUGUUUGGGGAUGGAGCAUGUGAGUUUCAACUGGUGGGGAGGGGAUGCAGAUGGAUGCUCCCUGGCUUCUUGUCCCACGGCCAAAGGGGUUUCUGUCAAAGGUUGUCCAGUUUCCUGAGUAAAUUACAUGUGCGGAACUAGCAAUUGAUUCCUAUUUGUAUUUGUAUGAUUCUUUGUUGGGUGUAGAAAUUUGUGAAUAGACGUACAAUACCCACGUUGGGAAGUUGCGAUUGUUUUAUCAAAUAUAAUUCUACUAAAAAUAUUAAUCUUUGUGGUACA